UUAAAUUAUCGAGCUUGGAGUGUUUCCUACAGGAAAAUGGAGGAAGACAACGAAGAAAGACUCAGAGAAGCAGCAUGUAUAGGCGAUAUAGAAUCCAUAAAAACUUUGAUUGAAUCAUCAGCUGUUAAAGUUAACAGUCAAAAUAAAGUCAAUGGAUGGACAGCUUUGCAUUGGGCAGCCAAGAGAAAUCACAGCAGUGUAGUCUCAUAUCUACUUCUACAUGGAGCUGAUAAGUGCAUCAAAACCAACACAGGAGAAACAGCAAGUCAGCUGACCUCUUACACCGAUAUCAAGAACAUGCUGGGAGGUGCAAAUACUGAGACAAAGCAGACAGAACUCCCAAUAAAACCUAACUACUUAGCAAAUCCUACUUUUCCUUAUACACAGCCCGUUGUCCAGAAAUCCAUGGAGUCCAGCAGGGAACCUCCCACCAGCUACCAAGAACAUCAGUGUUCCAGUAAUGAAGAGCUUGUGAUCAAAGUACGAGUGGCGAACAGUGAGGAAAGAGACUUCAUAGAAGUGGAGAUUGACAAAGAAUGUUUGUCUUUUGAAAAACUUUUAACAGUUUGUUGUCAAGAGCUUGGAUUACAGAAAGGACAGGUCUUUAAAGUUAGAAAACUACCCAAUACAAUUAUACGCAAGGACAAGGAUGUCAGGAGACUGGUGGACUUUCAGGAAGUGGAAAUUGUGUUAAAAAAUAAUUCAGAAACUUCUAGACAGGGCCAGUAUGGAAUGUCUAUGGCUCAAUUAAAUAAAAUUCUGUAUUAAUAAGUUUAUAUAUUUUAAUUCCUGAAAAUCCAGUUUCUUCUUCAUUGUCAGUUUCUUUUCGUUUUUUCCUAGCAUUUGGCUUUAAUUCAAGUCAUAUUGACCAUACAUACAUGUAUAUGUACCAGUGAUUGAGCACUUUAACUCUACUGCAGAGCUAUUCACAGCAAUAUUCGUUGUUCAUUGUCCAUAAAGCCUAUAAUACUUGAAUAAAUCCUUAAAACUUU